GACAAAGAAAAUGCAAGCAACACAAGAAAAACAAGGUCCAUGUUUCAACAAAAAGAUGCUGACCCAUACGAUGCAGAUUCAGAACCUGAACAGGGGAUCUUAUCAUCCAUGAUUGUGGAUCAAAACAUUCCUUUGGAGCAACAGCUCAUGCAAUCCUGUUCACACUUAUUUCACCCAGAACACUCCACACCAAGCAUACAACCAGAAAGAAGUGUGUACAGUUCAUGUUAUGGGUUUGAUGACUUGGCCUCUCCUCUUACCUUUUCUCCUGUUGGAGAACCAAAAGUGCCACCUCAGUGUGUUGCUAGGUCUCCUGGGUCUGUUUCUGUGUCAUCAUCAGUUACAUCUAUUUCUCCAAGAAAGAGGAAAGCUGACCUCAGAGUGUUUGAUGUACCAAUUGAAAAACCCACCAAGAAGAUAAAGAAAAAGAAAACAACUAAAAUUUUGGAUUUAGAGGAUGACAACUGGGUAUCUGAAAUGAAAUCUCAGUUUGAGGAAAUAGAAAUGGUGGAGCUUGUUGUUGACUAGAUUGCCACAGUUAUGAAGAAAUUUGAAAACAUGGAAUGUAUCAUAAAUAUUUAGUGUAUCCUACAAUAGAGAAGGUAGUGGUGAAAGUAAAAAAGGACACUGAUCUCAAACUCGUGUUCAGUUGCUAUGGUCAUAUGUAGUUACUGUUUCUCACUAAGAUUGUACCACUCAGUCUGUUAUUGUAUUUAUUGAUCCUGCAAUACACAACCUGUAAAGUUACUGUUGCUGUUCAUUUUUUUUUUUUUUUUUCAGGUAAUUAAUAUUUUUUUGGCAAAGACCAAGGCUGUCUCUGCUCAGAACCCAUCUCUUAUUGAUUAAUGAAAACUCUGGAAUUGCAUUGUGCUAUGGCUGGUCUUUAAAAACAAUAACUUAUAUAUUUUUGCAACUAUGAACUGAAUUUCAUGACACUAGAUAGAGAACAAAAGCAUGAUCAUCAAAAGAAGGACUGUACCAAAAAAAUUGUUUAAAAUUUCUUUGUCAAACAGCCAAAAGACAGCAAGCCAAAAUACAACUAUUGUGUGCUA